GAGAGAGAAUUCUCUUGAUUCAUGUCGGCCUUGAUUCUUCAAUUUUUUCUGAUAUUAUUAUGGCAUCCAUUCCUAUGGGAUGUAGUUUGUAUGUGUUUCUGAGCUAUGUGAAUUUCGUUUACAUAUAGCAGCACCUGAAUGUUGUUCUACACAAUUGAUCGAUGGAGAGGGUGAGUUUAAUGUCAUUGGAAUAGAAAACUUCAUUAAGGAGGUUAAAUUAGCGGAAUGCGGACUCUCAUAUGCUGUAGUCUCGAUCAUGGGGCCACAAAGUAGCGGGAAGAGCACUCUAUUGAAUAAUUUGUUCAAGACAAACUUUAGAGAGAUGGAUGCGUUUAAAGGAAGGUCUCAAACUACAAAAGGCAUUUGGAUGGCACACUGUACGGGAAUUGAACCAUGUACACUGGUAAUGGAUCUGGAAGGAACAGAUGGAAGAGAACGCGGAGAGGAUGAUACAGCGUUCGAAAAGCAGAGUGCACUCUUUGCCCUUGCUGUUUCUGACAUAGUUUUGAUUAACAUGUGGUGUCACGAUAUUGGUCGUGAACAAGCUGCAAAUAAGCCUCUUUUGAAGACUGUAUUCCAGGUCAUGAUGCGAUUGUUUAGUCCUCGAAAAACAACUUUGAUGUUUGUAAUCCGUGAUAAAACCAAGACACCUUUGGAGAAUUUAGAACCUGUUUUGAGAGAAGAUAUCCAAAAGAUAUGGGACUCUGUUCCAAAGCCACAAGCUCAUGUGUCAACUCCGCUUGGUGAAUUUUUUAAUGUUGAGGUAGUCGCUCUUUCAAGUUAUGAAGAAAAGGAAGAGCAAUUUAGAGAGCAGGUUGCAAACUUGAGGCAAAGAUUCUUCCAUUCCAUAGUGCCGGGUGGACUUGCUGGUGAUCGACGAGGUGUAGUUCCUGCCUCAGGUUUCUCUUUUAGUUCACAGCAAAUAUGGAAAGUUAUUAAGGAUAACAAAGACCUUGAUCUUCCUGCGCACAAGGUUAUGGUUGCUACUGUGCGUUGUGAAGAAAUUGCGAAUGAGAAGUAUGCCGAAUUCGGUGAAAAUAAGGAAUGGUGUGAAAUAGAUGAGGCCGUACAAACUGAUUUUCUUCCAGGCUUUGGGAAGAAGCUUAGCUCAAUUCUCAACAUUUGUCUAACAGAGUAUGAUAGUGAAGCAACAUACUUCGAUGAAGGAGUUCGAUCUGCAAAGCGGAAGCAACUUGAAGAAAAACUAUUACAACUGGUGCAACCAGCAUACCAAACCAUAUUGGGACAUUUAAGGUCUGGAACCUUUGAGAAAUUCAAGGACGCAUUUGAAAAAGCACUCAAUGCAGGAGAAGGAUUCUCACUAGCGGCAACUACUUGUGCUGAGUCAUUCUUGGCUCAAUUUGAUGAAGGAUGCGUAGAUGCUGUUAUUAAUCAAGCGAAUUGGGAUGCAUCCAAAGUUAAGGAAAAGCUUAAACGUGACAUUGAUACACACAUCACUACUGUUCGGGCUGCGAAAUUGUCUGAGCUUACAUCAAAAUUUGAGAAAAAACUCGACCAUGCAUUAUCAGCACCGGUGGAAGUUCUGUUAGAUGGAGCUAAUCAUGAGACUUGGUCAUCAAUAAGGAAGCUUCUGAAACGUGAGUCUGAUUCAGCUGUUUCUGAAAUGUCCUGUGAUCUCAAAGGCUUUGACAUGGACCAAAACGCCAGAGAAGAUAUGCUUAACAAACUACAAAACCAUGCAAAAGGUGUUGUGGAAGCCAAAGCAAAAGAAGAAGCUGCAAGGGUCAUUAUUAGGAUGAAAGACAGGUUUUCGAUGUUAUUUAGUCAUGAUUCUGAUUCCAUGCCUCGAGUUUGGACUGGAAAUGAAGACAUUCGAGCAAUUACCAAAACCGCUCGCUUUGCUUCUGUGAAGUUGUUAUCUGUGAUGGCUGCAAUCCGGUUAGAUAACAAUCCUGAUACCAUCGAGAAAACACUAUGCUCUUGUUUGUUGGAACAAACGAGCGCUCAUGUUGUAACCGACAAAAGCACCACCACAAUGGCUGACCCAUUGGCCUCAAGCACUUGGGAAGAGAUUCCAUCAUCAAGGACAUUGAUUACACCAGUCCAGUGUAAAUCUUUGUGGAGGCAAUUCAAGGCAGAAACAGAAUAUAGUGUGACCCAGGCUAUUUCUGCCCAGGAAGCAAACAAACGUAAUAACAAUUGGUUACCACCUCCAUGGGCUAUUGUAGCCUUGCUUAUUCUAGGAUUUAAUGAGUUUAUGACACUUUUGAGAAAUCCAUUUUACAUGGCUUUCAUAUUUGUCGCUUUUCUGGUUCUGAAAGCCUUAUGGGUGCAGAUGGAUGUUGCUGGUGAAUUCCAACAUGGUGCUCUCCCUGCUCUUAUUGCCUUGUCUGCCAAGUUCCUUCCAACCGUAAUGAAUAUUGUGAGAAGACUAGCAGAGGAAGGCCAAAAAGCAGCAGCACAAGCUGCUGCUAAUAAUCCACCCGGAGGAGACCCAACAAAGAACUACGAGAGUGAAGCUAAUACGACCAUGUCAUCAACCAGUUCAUCUGACAUAAGGUCAUCUAGAAAUGAGGUUGAAUACUCGAGUGUCUCAUCGAAAGAAGACUAAUGAGAACUUCAUUGGAGUUGUCUGCUCAUUGCAGGCAUUACUAAGAAGGUAUAUAACAACUAUCUGGAAUUGUUGCUCCAAAUUUCAAAGUGUUUUUUUCUUUCUUUAGUGUUAGUGGUACACAUAUUUGUAUAGGCCUCUUUUAGGUUUUAAUUUAUUUCAUUUCUAAUGUCUCAUCUUAGAGCUAAUUAUUAUGUGGAUGACUAAU